AUGAUAGACGCGUCGAAACGUUUACGCAGGGCGAUACUCUUGUCGGACGCUUUGCUGGUCAAACGCAUCAUCCGCUCCAACCCUGGCAUCCUACAGAACCCGGACUUCAGCGACAAGAGCAACACGAGUUUGCACCUUGCCGCCCGCGCUGGCAGCGUCGAGAUUGUGGAACUCAUCGUCGACGACGGACACGACGACUCGGACAUCUCGCGCAAUGCCGACUGGGACACACCGCUGAUGCUGGCUGCCCGACACGGCAAUGUCGACGUCGGCAUCCUCCUCGCCAAUCGCUUCCCACGCUGCAUCCCCAUCACCAACAAGCUAGGCUUGGAUGCACUCGCUCUGUCGUGCCUCAACCCUGCGUCCACGCCCUUAGUAUCCUUGCUGUUGUCCCAUCCAGAAUACCCCGCCUCUGCCGAUGGUCGCGACAACCACGGCGACACACCCCUCCACCACGCAUCUGCCUCAGGUUCCCUCAAAGCCCUUCGUAUCCUCCUGUCCGCAGGUGCAGACCCAACAGCCAAGAAUGCCUACGACUGGACACCUCUCGCAUACAGUCAAACAGUAGCCGCAGAGGUCUACUUCAAGAACCUGGUCGCCGAACUCGAACGCAGGAAAGCCGAAGGUCUCCGCGGGGAGCAAGAGAGAAGGGAAGAAGCUAUAAAGCGCAAAUAUGCCGGCGUGCGCCUCGUUACCGAAGAC